AUGACCAAAGUGCUGACCAAGGUGCUGACCAAGGUGCUGACCAACGUGUUCACCUAUGUGCUGACCAAUGUGCUGACCAAUGUGUUGACCAAAGUGGUGACCAAAGUGGUGACCAAUGCCAUGACUAAAGUGGUGACCAAUGCCAUGACUAAAGUGCUGACCAAUGUUGUGACCAAUGCCAUGACCAAAGUGGUGACCAAAGUGCUGACAAACGUGUUGACCAAUGCCAUGACCAACGUGGUGACCUAUGUGCUGACCAAGUUGAUGGUCACGGCGGCGAUGACAUGGUAA